GUGGCAUCUCAUGGACUGUUUAUUUCACAGCUGUAGCUUCGUGUAGUCAGGCGAACGGUUUGCACCUCUCUUCAGAGGGCGAAUAAAUUCACAGAAAAGUGGCUAAAAUCUUUGUCAUUUAAGUUUGAAAUCCCUUUGAGAUAAAGGGUCAGCCAAGAUGACGAUUAACUUGGGUGUUAAGGCUCUUCUCGGCUGGGUCAACAGCAUAAAACUGUCCGACCGAGAUAUAACCGCCGACGAUUUACAAGAUGGGAUGAUCUUACUGAAAGUUGUUUAUAUGAUUAAAAAGGAGCCCAACCCCUGUUUCAGUCAUUCCACUAAGGAUCGGUUCAAGCUCAUUGCAGACUUUGUGGAGAGGGAUUGCAGAUUUAAUGCAGCCAAAGGAACUUCAAUAUCUUGGGACAAUAUCAGAGAUGGCAUCAACCUAACUGUUGAAAUUUCAAAGGUACUUUUGUUGCUCGUAUACCAUGACAUUAUGAAUGACCGCUGCACUCUAAACACAUUGGACUGUGAUGUAGAGCGUGAGAUAGCAAACCUAACCAGUUCCUUUGUGAUGGAGAGCGAGGGCUGUGUUUAUCUGAGCAAUGGACUUGAUGCCUAUUUGGCGAGGAAACAUUUACCUGUCUCCCGUGAGAUAUUUGAGCGAACAGCGACCACCUCUACCUCCAAUGUGUCGACAAUCUCCUCGCUUUCGGAUGACGAGUCUCCCGUCUUCCACCGCACACAAAAAAUCACAUUCCUGGACAUGCAAACCGUGGCUUCUUCUUCAGUCAGCAAGUCUCCACUUCAGGAUAUUAUGAACACACCUAAAUUUCAGAUGAGGAAGAUGCAACGACAGAUGAUCAAGGAGAGAGACUACAGAGAUGGGUUGGAGAGGGAGCUGGCUGCCAAGCUUGCACUCAUUGCACAGAGAGAGUCUCAGAUUAACCAGUUGCAGUAUCGCCUGGAUAAGCUGAAAGAAGAGCGAGGUGAUCAGGAGCAGGUUAUCAGGGCAGAAAUCAAUGAUCUUGAGACCAAGAACAGCACGUUACAAACGCGUCUUAAUGAGAUGUUAAAGCAAAAUAAAGACCUCAAAAGUACCUCCUCACUUAUGGAGCGUAAAAUGGAUGAGCUAACAGAAGAAAAUGGUGUACUCUCCUCCCAGAUGAGAUCAAUGUGUUCACGGCUAGCCAUCUUUGAAGCAGAAGUUGGCAGGCUGACAGAAACCCAAGCUUCAGCUCAGGAAGAGUGGAGAAGCAAAACAAGCCACCUAGAGUCUGAGCUCAACCAAGCUACUGCUCAAAAGGAGCUCCUGACUGAACAAAUUCAGAUCCUCCAGGGAAAGAUUUCCUGUUUGGAGGAUGAGAUAAGCCGGGCCACUAUGGAAGAAGUAGGAGAGAAUAUGGGGCCUGUAAUGGAGAGAGAAAUGUUGGAGACUGAAAUCAGCAGUUUGAAGAAUAAACUGGAGAGCACAGUUUGCUCCCUAAAACAGGCUGAGGUGGAGGUUCAGGCCAAAACAAAUCAGCUGGCAGAGCACCAACAAGAAAUUACUCAACAGAAAGAGCUCCUGAAGCAACAGAAAUCCCAAACGGAAGAAAUUAUUCAAGCCAAGGAUGAAAUUUUGGACAAGCUACAAAAGGAGAUCGCUGAACAGAGGGCAGUCCUUCAACAAGACAUACAGGAUCUCAAGCUUCAACUGGAACAAGUUGAGCAGCAAAAAACUGAGCAGAUGACCAGACUACAACAGCAUAUUGCUGUGUGUGAACAAGAAAUUGAAAAACUAAAAGAAACCAAGAAAGAGAAGGAAGAUCUUCUCCACCAGACUGAAGAAAAAGUGAAAGAUCUUGAGACAAAGUUAUCUGCUGCCAGUUCCCUCUUGGCUGAUAAAGACCAAGAAAUUAACGGCCUCACAGAAGAAGUUGAUGCUCUCACAGAUGAAACAAAAAAAUUCAAAGACGAAAUUCAAGCCAAAGAGGAAAUGCUUGCCAAUUUACUUCUGGAGAAGUCUAAUGAGCAAGAAAUUCUUAAUAAUAAAAUCCAGACCUUAACAGUCCAAGUGGAAGACCUUAACUCGUCUCUCAAACAUGCUGAGCAGGAAAUUCAACUUAAGCAAGACCUACUGGCUAAAACCCAACAAGAGAAUAUCCAACAAAGGGAGGUACUCCAACAGCAGGUUGUAACCUGUGAAGAGGAGGUUCACAAGCUAAAUGCAGAGAUACAGGUCAAAAAUGAACAGCUUGUUAUGCUAAAGAGUGACACCUUGCGACAGUCUGAAUUGCUAGAGCAAGAGAUUAAAGGUCUAAAAGACCAAGUAGAAAGUCUUAAUGACUCUCUCAGAAAGGCUGAGGAACAAGUUGAGGCUCAGCAGGAAAUGCUUACAAAGCACGAGCAGGAGAGUGCUCAUCAGAAGGAGCUCCUGCAGCAACAACUCUCUGCCUCUGAAGAUAGUCUAAAUUGCAUGAAGGAGGAGAUCCAGACUAAAGAGGAACAGAUGACCAUGUUGAAAAAUCAAAGUUCAGAGCAGGCAGAGAUACUACAUCAAAAUAUCCAAGAUUUAAAUAAACAGGUGGAGUGUCUUAGUUUGUCACUGAUGUCUGCUGAGGAAAAUUUGCAAUCCAAGGAAAAUCUGUUUGCCAAACAGCAACUAGAGAGCAGUCAGCGCAUGGAGGCACUACAGGCACAGAUGGUAGCAUCUCAAGAUGAAGUGAAGAGACUAACUGCAGAGAUUCAUGACAAGGAAGACCAGUUGAUUCAGCUAAAGACUGAGACAUCGACACACUCGGAAUUGCUACAGCAGGAGAUUGAAGGUCUGAAUGAACAAAUAAAAAGCAUGAGCAAUUCUCUUGAGAUAGCCAAAGACCAAGUUCAAGCCAAAGAAGAUCUGAUUGCUAAGCAGGAGCAGGAAAGCACUUUGCAGAUUGAGGCACUUAGAAAGCACAGCGCAGCUCUUGAGGAGGAGGUAAAUCAGCUGAGGGAGGAGAUUCAAACUAAAGAGCGUGAGGUUGAUGCGUUAAAGGUUGAAAGCUGCAAGGAGUCAGAGGUGCUACAAAAUGAGAUCCAAACUCUGAAGGAUCAAGUGGAAAGAUUGAGUCAAUCACUGAAGACUGCAACAGAGCAGGUUCAGGCUAAAGAGAACUUGCUGGCUCAGAGGGAAUUGGAGAUUUCUCAGGAAAAAGAUAAAUUCCAAAACAUGAUGACCGACUCUGAAGAGGAGAUGAGAGGGCUUAGGGAACAGAUCCAGGCUAAAGAGGAACAGCUGGUCACAGUGAAAAAAGAGGGCUCCGUACAUUCUGAUGCACUACAGCAAGAGAUUGGAUGUCUAAAGAACCAGCUAGAUAAUAUGGCUGACUCUCUCACAAAGGCUGAGGAGAAGGUUCAGACUCAGGUAGUUAUGCUGAAGGAGCAAGAGCAUGAGAGUGCUCAUCAGAAGGAGCUUCUGCAGCAACAACUGUCUGCUUCUGAAGACAGGAUAAGGUGCAUGAGGGAGGAGAUCCAAGCCAAGGAGGAGCAGAUGAACUUGUUGAAAAAUCAAAGUUCAGAACAAUCAGAACUACUACAUGAAGAAAUCGAAGAUCUGAAGAAACAGCUGGAGUGUCUUGGUUCCUCAGCUGAUACUGCUGAGGAAAAUUUGCAAUCCGAGGAAAAUAUGUUUGCUAAACAGCAACUGGAAAAAAAUCAGCAGAUGGAGGCACUACAGGCACAGAUGGUAGCAUCUCAAGAUGAAGUGAAGAGACUAACUGCAGAGAUUCAUGACAAGGAAGACCAGUUGGUUCAGCUAAAGACUGAGACAUCGACACACUCAGAAUUGCUACAGCAGGAGAUUGAAGGUCUGAAUGAACAAAUAAAAAGCAUGAGCAAUUCUCUUGAGAUAGCCAAAGUCCAGGUUCAGGCUAAAGAAGACCUGAUUGCUAAGCAGGAGCAGGAAAGCACUUUGCAGAUUGAGGCACUUAGAAAGCACAGCGCAGCUCUUGAGGAGGAGGUAAAUCAGCUGAGGGAGGAGAUUCAAACUAAAGAGCGUGAGGUUGAUGCGUUAAAGGUUGAAAGCUGCAAGGAGUCAGAGGUGCUACAAAAUGAGAUCCAAACUCUGAAGGAUCAAGUGGAAAGAUUGAGUCAAUCACUGAAGACUGCAACAGAGCAGGUUCAGGCUAAAGAGAACUUGCUGGCUCAGAGGGAAUUGGAGAUUUCUCAGGAAAAAGAUAAAUUCCAAAACAUGAUGACCGACUCUGAAGAGGAGAUGAGAGGGCUUAGGGAACAGAUCCAGGCUAAAGAGGAACAGCUGGUCACAGUGAAAAAAGAGGGCUCCAUACAUUCUGAUGCACUACAGCAAGAGAUUGGAUGUCUAAAGAACCAGCUAGAUAAUAUGGCUGACUCUCUCACAAAGGCUGAGGAGAAGGUUCAGACUCAGGUAGUUAUGCUGAAGGAGCAGGAGCAUGAGAGUGCUCAUCAGAAGGAGCUUCUGCAGCAACAACUGUCUGCUUCUGAAGAUCAGGUGAGGAGCAUGAGGCAGGAGAUUCAAGCUAAGGAGGAACAGAUGAUACUGCUGAGGAAGGACAGCUCAGAGGAGUUGGGUUUACUAAAUCAAGAGAUCCAAAUUUUGAAGGAACAGGUGGAGACUCUUGGUUCCUCACUGAGGAAGACUGAGGAAGAUGUGCAGUCUAAGGAAAAUCUGUUGGCUCAACAACAGCAAGAAAAUACUCAACAGAGGGAGGCACUCCAAAGUCUACAGGAGAAAGUCCAACAAGUGGAAGUUCUGCAGGGGGAGAUCCACUCACGCGAAGAAGAAAUUAAAACACUGAAAGAAUCUCAGCGUGAGAAAGAAAGCAGACUCCUCCAGGCUGAAGAGAAGCUUCAGAUUCUCCGGACAGAGUUGUCUGGCGUCAACACACUCAUAGCUGAUAAAGACCAAAAUAUCAGCAGUCUCAGAGAGGAGCUUGCUGCCCAAGUUACCUUGGUAGAAAAAGCAAAAGAGGACACUGAAGCCAAUGAGAAAGUCCUGGCUGAGAUAAAGGAAGAGAACUCCAAACACAGAGCUGUUCUUCAGAAUGAAAUCCAGGAUCUAAAAGGGGAAAUAGAAAACAUUUCUCUAAAACUUGUGGCUAAGGAGCAGAUGUUACUUAAAACUCAACAGGAGUCUGCUCAGCAGAUAGACCUCCUCCAGCAGCAGCUCAUCUCAGUAAAUGCAGAGCUGAAUCAACGCAAAGAGAUGCAUGCUGCAGACCUCAGAUUGAAAGAGGACGUACAGGGGUUACAGGCGGCCACUGUCAGGGAAAAUGAGGCUCUUAUUAAGGAAAGAGAAGUACUCCUGGCCAGGAUACAUCAGGCAGAAAAGGAUCAGAAAGGUCUGGAGAGACAACUCGAAGCCAUGGCCUUUGAGAAGGAGAGACUUGCUCAUACCAAGCAGGCCAUAGAGCGAGAGAAUGCAGCCUCUCGUAAACUGGAAUCUGCGUUACAGCAGGAGCUGGAAAUACUGAAACUGGAGAAAGAAAAACUCUUGAAAGAGAAUGAAAAAGCUGAAAAGAUUGAGAUGCUAACAAGAGAACUGCAGGAACAGCUCUCAGCUAAAUCAGAGGCUGCAGAACACUACAAGACACAGAUGGAGAAAGCAGUGAGUCACUACAAUAGCAAGAAGCAGCUUCUCCAGGAAAGCCAACAGGAGCUGGCUGAUCUCAAGCAUUCCCUAGAGGUUAAAGAGUGUGAAGUAAAAACUAUUACUACGGAGAAUAUGCUACUACAACGGGAUUUGGAGAAGGCCCAGACCAAUGAGAAAAAACUUUUGAAAACGGUGGCCAGUUUGGAGGCACAGUUGGCCUUUGCUGACCGUAACCUGCGGGCACAGAAUAAGAUUCAUGGUAAAGAACGAAGUGCAACAGAAUUGUACUUGGAAGUUCCCAACACACGUUCAAGUAUUCAUGCUGGUGUGAAGAGGACCAUGAGCUCUGACAGCCUGGACCAGAGCUCUCUGGAAGACUCUCUGAACAGCACAAGAAAACUCUCAGCACCUGAUGAAUCAAGCACACCGCUUGUUCGCAGUUCAGAGCGCUUGGCAGCCAAACGGCGUGGUCUACAGGCAGAGUCACUGGAAACACUCUACUUUACACCUAUAAAUGCCAAACAGAUUAACAGGACCAGUACAGAGAGCAAAAUGGAACUGGAUUCAGCCAGGAAAAAUCCAAGUUCAUCUGUCAAACGACGCAGGACCACGCAGGUUAUAAACAUCACCAUGACCAAGAAAACCCCAGGCUGCAAUGAAGACGAUGAGACUUUCUACAGUCUGGCCUCAGCUCGUUCCCAACCAAACCUGUCCAGCGCUCACUCUGCACAACCUGUGACUAUGGAGCUGUUUGACACACCUGCGAGAAGGACCAGCACUGCCAGCGACCAACUCAUCGGUCUUCCUGGGUACAGACGGAGCACAGUCCAUUCACAGACCACUAGUACAUUCUGCGUGGGCGCAGAGAACGAGCCAGAUGGUGGACCUGACGAUUGGAUGAGGAUUGCUGAGCUUCAGUCCAGGAACAAGGCCUGCCCUCCUCAUUUAAAGAGCAGCUACCCUGUGGAAUCUGAGACUGGCCGUGGUGGUGCAUUCAUUUUCACAGAUGAAGAACUUCGUACAGGUGACCCGUCUGACACAAUCCGUCGGGCGUCCAUGAUGCCUGGCCAGCUGCAAGACUCUCUCGUCUCCCAUCGGCACUCCCUCAUGCUGGGACAGUCAGGUGCCGCAGCCAGUACUCGUUCUCAUCGUCUGUCCUUGAUGCCCGGCCAGCUGCCGUCAAAAACAGUCAGCGUCUCUCAGCUGAGAAGCCCAAAAGGCACAAAACGGUCUUCAUCUACAUUGUCUAUACAUCAAACUUCACCUGAGAAAAAGGUGAAGGCCAGCUGCUUCCCUCGUCCCCUCACACCCAAAAACAAGAACGUGAACAGUGGAUUUGGCAGCUCUCAGCUUCACCCUGUCCUCAGUCCAGCUGACCGGAGGCAGUCUAUGAUGUUCACUAUUGACAACACCCCUAAAAACAACAACUACCUGAAGAAAGGGCUGAACAAACUGCGCAGCUCCACCAGGAAAUCCCCAAGGAACAGUUCAAAGAAGUCACCUGCUCAAACAACUGCGCGCAAGUACCAAGAAAAUAUGCCCUCAGGAAAUCCUCGUGCUGCAGUAGGACGAGCAGGCAGAGCUGGCAGUUUUAAGUCACCACAAGUGGCAACUAAAGGGCAGAGGAAGUCUCCACAAACCACCAGCAGGACUGGAAAGUCUCCUGGACUGACAGCUAGUGCUCGCAAGAAGCCUGUGUCUGUAAACGAAGAAAACCUUGCUGGAAAUCUUAAAAGAUGAUGAGGAGGAUGAAGGUGUGAGAACUGGUUCCCAAAUUGGAUUUUUGAUCGUCUACAGUUCUAUUUGAUCAUACUUUGAUUUUUGCUUUUUUCUACCUUCACAAAAACACUCUCAUUUUUGUUGGGGUCCUUCAGGACUUUUUUUUUUAUGAUGUUGUCUUAAUCGACCUUUUUCUCUGUAUUAUAUUUACAUGUUUGUUAAUAAAAACAUUUAAAUGUCA